AUGAACUUGAGACUAUUUGCAGCGAUAUCGACAUUUACACUUCACAUCUUUGUUACAUGUUACUUAUUUGAUGACGUCAACGAACAAAAAGAUUCCAUGAACCUUGCUUUGUACAGCAGUGAUUGGACGCCAAGCAAUUUGCAACAUAAAAUUCUACUGCUGCAUGCCAUGCGAAUGAAUAACGCCGAAAAUCUGAGACUACAAGUGACGAAAAAUAGAAUAGUAAAUUUCAAAAUGUUUACCGAUAUCAUGCGGACGACGUAUUCGAUAUUAUCGGUGUUGGAAAAGAUGUGUGCAAACAAAGCGUGA